ACGAAACCAGAUCUAGAUCUAGAUGCAUGGCGACAAUGGUGUCAACAAUGCAACCAAAAUGUCUAAGAGUUCUGGAGCUGUACAGUGGGAUUGGGGGCAUGCACUAUGCGUUAAAAGAGAGUGGUGCGGACUUCGAGGUUGUCAUGGCUGUGGAUAUCAAUACCUCAGCAAACAGUAUCUACAAACAUAACUUCCCAGAUACAGAUUUGCACAGCUUUGGAAUAGAGAAAUUGACGUUGAAGCGCUUGGAAAACAUGAACAUCGAUGCUAUUCUCAUGAGCCCUCCGUGUCAGCCGUUUACUCGUGUGGGCAAAAAGAGAGACUGCGACGAUGUCAGAACGAAGUCGUUUUUGCAUCUUCUCCAACUUCUGAGGCAGUUGAAAAGGAAACCAAACUAUUUACUUCUGGAAAACGUGAAAGGUUUCGAGGUGUCCUUGACCCAUGCCCAGCUCAUGUCCUGUCUCGACGACUGUGGCUAUCAUUACCAACAGUUUUUGCUGACCCCGCUACAGUUUGGCAUCCCCAACUGCCGGCUGCGGUACUACUUAAUUGCCAGAUUGGAUCAACCUUUCAGUUUUCCCAUGGAGAAAGAGAUAAUGACAACCUUACCGAGAGUGGGCAGUCCUGUGGGAGUCUCCUCCGCGCCGGUCACGUCUUCAGAAUCCAACAGUUGUAGCCCGACUCAGGAGCUACAGGGUUCUUCUGGUGUCAGCGUCGGCGUUGAUGCCACUGUCUCAUCACAGCAGUCUCAAGUCAACGAUCAUGAUAACGGAAAUAACAACAGCGAGCAAACUCAUCGUGUCGGUGACAGUGGUGAUGACGCUCCAUCCUCUUCACAAACUGUCGGCGACCGUGUGUGUCAGGAAGUGUGUGGUUCAAACAUCGACAGCGGCACUUCGGAGGUGUGUAGUGCGAAGGUCUCUCGUUUGGAAGUGGAGAAAGAUUCGUCUGAUCGUAGCCAGGGCCAGGGCAAUAAUUGGGAUCAAACCUAUCACACGGCGACAAGCUCUUGUGAUCGCAGCAACAACACGAAAAUUGACGGGGCGGUAGAAACUGGUCCUGGUGACAAUAUUUCAACACGUUUGUGCGCUCAAGACUGUGACUCUGUGAGUGAUAUCGAGGCGCUGAAGCAAGCGGGGCGUAACAUGAGGUACUGCGAGGAGGAGGAUCCGUUAAUUGGCGCUCACAGUAGGCCUUUGUCACAGUUCAUGGAACAAGGAGGAGAGGAAGACUUCUCCCAGUACCUGGUACCCGACCGCGAGCUGCAUAUGUUCGUGGUCAUGGACGUUGUGUUUCCUGUCCUGAAAAAGUCGACAUGUUUCACCAAGAGGUACAGCCACUACAUUGAGGGCGCCGGGUCCGUGGUGCAGAUGACCACAAAUGUGCAGAUUUUCCUGCCGGUUUUUCGCCGCUGCAGUUGUACCGUGUCCUGGGGAACAGUCUGAAUGUUCACGUGGUGGCCAGGUUGUUCGCGCUGAUGACUCGCACAGUGUCCGCUCAGAUGUCUUGAUGUGUGGAAGGGAGAGGGAGGGGGGGAAUUGAGAGGGAGAGAG